UUGUUACUAGCUUCAACAGCAAGUUUCACUUUCCAUCACCUCUUGGCUCGAGACGGGGCGACCGCACGUGUUUUGGCGCGAAAAAGUCGUUCCUGACGCACCAUGUUCUGCUGCUGCGCUGUGGAGCCUGGGCCCACCGAGAACUUUGGGGGCAUCGAAGAGCGAUUGCGUGAUGCAGGAUUUGUGAAGACAAGUCCUGCUAUGGACGGGGGGCCUGCUCCCAUGCUGGCCUCGCUGGGUGAAGACGAAGAGUCAGACGGCAAGAUCUUCGAGGCCAAAUUCACAGGAACUCCAGAAAAUCAUGGGCUUGUCAUGGACACCUCCGACCCACUAUGCAUCAUCGUCAAGAUGGUCCAAGAGGAUAAAGGCGCAGCAGAAUGGAACAAGACAGUGGCUCCAAGCCAGAGGAUCCAAGACUACGAUCGGGUGGUGGAGGUGAACAGUGUCAACAAUCCUACGAAAAUGGUCAAAGCCGUUCAAGUCGACGAAAUCCGUUCCAUUAAGUUCGAGCGUCCUGCACAAAGGACAGUCACUUUGAAGCGCCCCGGGGAGAUCGGAGUUGUGCUACACUACAGGAAGGUGGACUCCAGUGCCCCCUGGUUCCAGAAGAUCAGCCCGGGCCUUCUGCAGCAAUGGAACGUGGACCACCCGGAGGAAACCGUGGCCGUCCAUGACCGGAUCAUCUCGGUGAACGGGAAGACGGGGACUCCAGAGGAA